CGGCUGUCCCGGAGGCUGCACGUGGGCUCCGGUCUGGGCACUUUCAGGCUGGGCCAUGGAUACUCCGCUGAGGCGCAGCCGGCGGCUGGAAGGCCUGAGGCCUGAGUCCCCCGAGAGGUCAGCUUCAGUGUUGCGGGCGAAACGGGCCCUUGUGGAGUUCGACCCGAACCCAGAAGAGACGAGGGAGCCCGGGUCUCCUCGCAGUGCUCUGCCACCCGGCCUGGAGUCCCCCCGGGGUCAGCCGGAGACAAGCCCGGGAUCGCCCGGUCUACGGCAGGGGACGGAUUUAGGGUCCCCUCGAAAGGAGCCAGAGCCGGGCCCAGGGUCCCCCCAGCAUCAGCAAGAUCCAGGCCUGGAGUCACCCCGAAGACAGCCGGAGUCGAGUCCAGAACCCCUCCGACUUCAGCCAAAGCCAAGUGGGGGGUCACCCAAGUGCUCCCAGGACCAAGAAGAAGCGGACUCGGAGUUGGCCCAGAGGAAGGAGAAGCUGGCCCCGGGGUCCCCCCGACAUCAGCUGCAGCCGGGCCCAGGAUCAUCAGAGCCUUACCCUGGUCAGCCAGCUCUGGGUCCAGAGCCCUCGCAGCCGCUACAGGAGCUGACACCCCGGUCCCCCGGCUCCCCCUGGGGUCGGCACGAACCGAGCAAGCCACCUGCGGCCGGGGAGCCGAAGAAGCGAAGAGGUUCUUCACCCCAGGCCCCAGCAUCCAAGAAGCUGAAGGAGGAGGUUCCUGUAAUCCCGAAGGGAAAGCCCAAGUCGGGGCGGGUGUGGAAGGACCGCUCCAAGAAGAGGUUUUCCCAGAUGGUUCAGGACAAGCCCCUGCGCACAUCCUGGCAGCGGAAGAUGAAGGAGCGGCAGGAGAGGCAGCUGGCCAGGGAGUUUGCCCGGCACCUGGACGAGGAGAAGGAGAGGCGCCGGCAGGAGAAGAAACAGCGCCGUGCCGAGAACCUGAAACGCCGCCUGGAGAAUGAGCGGAAGGCAGAGGUGGUCCAAGUGAUCCGGAACCCCGCCAAGCUCAAGCGGGCGAAGAAGAAGCAGCUGCGCUCCAUCGAGAAGCGGGACACCCUGGCCUUGCUGCAGAAGCAGCCGCCACAGCGGCCAGCAGCCAAGGUCUGAGCCAGGACAGCCCGAGCCUUCUGUGGCCGGCCACCAUGUCAGACACGGCACCGCUGCUGGACCCAGCACUCCAGCUCUGUGGCUGCAAAUCAGGGACCCCACCUGAGAUGGGCUCCGAGCCUUUGAGGCUGUUGGGCAGGUGGGACAGAGGCCCAGAGGGAGCCUGGGACCUGGCAGAGACUGGGGGAGGGAAGAGGUUCAGCCCCCCUUCCCUGUUCCCCUCCUUCUCCAAGUGCCUUCAAACCAAGGAGAGUAGAUUCUUCUGGUUCCUCGGGGAGCCGAGGGCUGAAGGGUGACUCCCCAAAAUGUGUUAUGUUCUGUCUCAAGAUCCUUGGUCCAGCCCAGGCCAGGAGGCCAGCAGUCAGGAACCCAGCUCCCCCACACCUUUCCAAAGGCUGUUUUGGGUUCCUCUGCACCCCACUGACCCCGUCACCAAGUAGACUGACUCCAGCUUCGCCCCACUUUUCACCACUGAAACAUUAAAAUGGGGAGGUUGCAGGGAGCAGAGUUUCUCUAGCGCCCUCUUUGCUGUACCACACUCUGCAGAAACGCCAAAGGUCUGAUUGACUCACGCCCUCCAAUCUACAACAAAAAUAGUUAUUGAAUGCCUGCUGUGGACAGGCGCAACUUUAGGUACCAGGGGAUCGGACAGAAGUCCCUGCCCUCCAGGAGAUUUCCUUCUGAUGGAGAAAAUAGAAUAAACAAGUAAAAUACA